UGAGCUGGAGGCAUUUGUUGAAGACCUGAAGAGGGACUCUACUGCUUCCAGCAAGACAGUUACACUGAAAGAUGUUGAAGAUGGAGCUUUUCUUUUACGUCAAGUGGGAGAAGCUGUUGCCACCCUGAAAGGAGAAUUCCCGACAUUACAGAAUAAAAUGCGUGCGAUCCUCCGAAUUGAGGUAGAAGCCGUGAGGUUCCUAAAGGAAGAACCACACAAGCUUGACAGCUUGCUGAAACGUGUGCGCAGCAUGACUGAUAUCCUUACCAUGCUCAGGAGACAUGUUACAGAAGGACUGCUGAGGGGUGUAGAUCCAUCCCAAGCCGUGCAAUACUCUGUUAUGGAAAAGGCCACUACAGCUGACACUCUGAAAAACCAGGAGGAGCUCAAGCAUGCCCAGGGACAUGCACAGCAAAACCUCACAGCAGUUACAUCAGAAUCCCAGGUGUCAUCAGUCAAGUCAGAAGUCGUCCCCUUCUCAACAAUGACAGUCCAUCAUGUGCAGAGCUCACCUGUUGUCAUCCAUCAGUCUCAGCACUCAUCAGCCCUGGUCAACCAUGCCCAAGGUUCACCCACUGCAGCGAGCCAUAGCGAAGGUGUGCCGGCGGGUGGCCACCUCUCAGCCAUCCCACCAGCCCCCCUGCAAGAGCCCGCAACAGGAUCCCAGCCCACACAAGCCACGCCAGCACCACAGGUCUCUGUCAAUGGCACCACCAUGCAAAGUCUUUUCAUUGAGGAAAUUCACAGUGCAAGUACCAGAAACCGAGCUAUAUCAAUUGAGAAAGCUGAAAAAAAAUGGGAAGAGAAAAGACAAAACCUCGAUCACUAUAAUGGAAAGGAAUUUGAAAAGCUCUUGGAAGAGGCCCAGGCCAAUAUAAUGAAGUCAAUUCCUAACCUGGAGAUGCCUCCCCAGCCAGCAGCCCUGCCUAAAGGGGAUACAGUGGAAAAGCUAGAACUCUCAGAAGACGUUACUGAUGGAGAACAGGAUAAUGACAAGCUGACCAAGUCUCCACCUCCUCCACCUCCACGGCGCAGUUACCUGCCAGGGUCAGGGCUAACCACAACGAGAUCAGGAGAGGUCGUCUAUGCAGCCAGGAAAGAGGCUGCUCCUGUCAAGGAAUCCAAUGAAGAUUCUGGACAAAUAGCGCAAUCCAAAGUCCCUAAAGAGGAUCAGGCAUUGUCUCAAAGCACAGGGCACACUGUGGCAUCAGCUCCAAAAGAUGAAGAGGAAGAGGAAGGAGAUAAAAUAAUGGCAGAAUUACAGGCUUUCCAGAAGUGCUCUUUUAUGGAUGUAAACUCAAACAGUCAUGCUGAACAGUCCAGAAAUGAUACACAUGUUAAAGACAUAAGGCCUGGGACUUUAAUGCAUCACAAGGAAAAGAAGGUGUAUGGGGCUACAACAGCAUCUCCCACAGAUAGUGACCAUCCUAAAGAGAAGAGGGAAGGGAAAACUGAAGAAGAAUUGGGUUCUGAUUCAUCCAGCACAGCUGAGAGUAAAAUUGCCUUUUCAAUGAAUGACAGUCCUACAUUUAGCAAGGGUUUGUUUAUAGACAGUAGAGACUAUUCUAAGAAAAACAUCCAGAAUAUGAGCACAAACCUGUCUGGUGUCAGUUUGCCAGAGGAUGACAAGCGAAAAGAAGUUCAAGAUACCUUAGGACCCCAUUUUCCAGCUGUUGAAACUGGAAAACAAAAGCCAAACUAUGGACUCCCACGAGAUGCUCAGCAGGUCCUGCUGCAGGGUGAAGCCUUGCAGACCACAGGCAAGCACAUCCCCAUCACCAGUGUUGCCCCUCUCAUGAGGCACACGCAGGAGGCUGCAGGGCCUCAGCCUUCCUCGCAGCAGCAAGAAGCUUCUGCAGUCAACUACAAUCAGGUUGUGCUAAGACCCAAAGUGUCCAGAAGUAACAGUGUGAACAGUAUUGAAGAGACAGACUCCUCGACUAGCUCUCCAAGUGAAGACAACCCACCCACAGAAAACAUCGCCUUCAUGAUUACUAAAACAGCUGUCCAGGUCCUCUCGAGUGGGGAAGUUCACGAUAUAGUCAGCCGGAAAGGUGGAGAUGUGCAAACAGUGAACAUCGAUGCGAGGAAGGAGGUGGUGUCAGAGAAGGGAACCCCAGAAAACACAGACAGCGAAGAGCCAGUGGUGUGUCUGGACAAAAAACCCGUCAUCAUCAUUUUUGAUGAACCGAUGGAUAUUAGGUCAGCUUAUAAGCGGCUUUCUACAAUUUUUGAAGAAUGUGAUGAGGAGUUGGAGAAAAUGAUGACAGAGGAAAAGAUAGAAGAGGAAGAGGAGGAGGAAAAUGAAGCACAUGAAAUCUCUGAGAACCAGAAGGAAGAGCUACCAGUAGUUAACGACAGAAAAGCAAUUGCAAAGUCUUCAGCAGCUCACAGUCUCAAUGAGCAGUAUAUAUUUAACCCUUUGUCUUCCUCUGACCCUGUAGAAACCAGACCUCCUGCAGAGGAGGAGAGCACAAAGAUGAAUUUUAACAAAUACCGUCAGAUCUAUGGACUAAACACAGAAGCAAACUUGGACUCCACUGAUCAGUUUGGAAGCAGGCAAGAUUCUAAGAAAAAAUUUAAGUUCAAAUUCCCUAAAAAGCAGUUGGCUGCUCUGACACAGGCAAUAAAAACAGGAACCAAGACCGGGAAGAAGACCCUGCAGGUUGUGGUCUAUGAAGAAGAGGAGGAAGAUGGGACCCUGAAGCAGCACAAGGAAGCAAAGAGAUUUGAAAUCACCAGAUCUCAGCCAGAGGACAGUGACAAAAGUCCUUCUGGGAAGCAAGAGGGACCCUCUGGAGCUGCAGUGUCCCUGUCUAGGACUGAUGAAAUUCGACAGAGUACAUACCGAACGCUAGACAGCCUUGAGCAGACUAUAAAGCAGCUGGAAAACACCAUCAGUGAAAUGAGUCCAAAAUCUAUCCCUGAAAGCACAUACAGCUCUGAGGGAAGCACUGUCCCCUUCUCUGCCCAGAUAGUACCAGAGACCCCACCCCGAGAGCUUGUAGUGCUGGAUGAGAGCCUUGCUGGCGUAGAGCCCGCUCCGCCAGUCCCAGCCACUUCACGUAAGGGCUCCAGCACUGCCUCCCAGACAAGCCGGAUGCCAGUCCCCAUGGCUUCAAAAACUAGACAAGGAAGCAUGGAGAAAGCAGGCAAACAGCACAAGCUGCAGGAUCCACGCCAAUACAGACAGGCUAAUGGAAGUGCUAAGAAAGCUGGUGGGGACUAUAAGGCUACUUCCCCUACCCUACCUGCUUCUAAGAUCCCAGCCUUUUCUCCCACUUCUGGGAAAAGCAGCUCAGCACCUGCUUCUAGCAGUGACAGCUCUCACCCUCUUAAUCCACCUACUAAAACCUCCAUUCCUUCCUCUAACCUUCUCGCUCCUCAGACAGGUCGCAUAACUUACUCUACCUCCCUCAUCCCCUCUGUCUCUAACGGCUCCUCCAAGUUUCAGAGCCCCACUUACCCAGGGAAAGGUCACCAUCUCUCGUUCUCACUACAGACUCAAAACGGCCGGCCACCCCCUCCUUCCUCCUCUACCUCCCCCCCCUCCUCUACCUCUCCCACUUCAUUGAACCAAGGUAUGAAGAGCAUCAGGACAAUCCACACACCUAGCUUCACCAGCUACAAGGCACAGAAUGGAAAUGCCGGCAAGUCCACCCCAGCCACAGCCAAGGAGCCAUCCUAA